UCCUGAAUCGUCGUACAACACACAUGAAACAUGUACACUCAUAAGCUUAUCCUGUUCGUGGCUUUCUCUCUUUUCAGUCCAGUUCUCACAGAUGAAGACUUUUACCAAGUGAGAGCAUGCUGUACAUUCAAAGGGCCACACUUUGAAGAAACCGAGUACAUGUUAACUAGUAUUUUUAAUAAGAACUUGAUGAUGGAGUACAACAGCACAAGAGGCAACUGGACGGGAUUCACAGCGUAUUCAAUUGAAGCAGCAAAAUGGUGGAACAGUGAUCCCUUUGAUGCACUAACAAGAAAGAUUGAAAGGAAACUGUUGUGUACGGACACAUCAGACUUCAUCCAAUCCAUAUAUAAUCUAACAACUGUACCCACCGUCAAACUGAAAUCCUUGAAAAGGCCUAAUGGCGAGCACACAUCCACACUUGUGUGCAGUGCCUACAACUUUUAUCCAAAACAAAUCAGAAUGAUGUGGAUGAGGAACGGCCAGGAGGUGACCACAGAUGUCAGUUACUCUGACGUGAUGCCUAAUGGUGACUGGUACUACCAGACUCAUUCCUACUUGGAGUACAUCCCAACUUCAGGAGAAAAAAUUGCCUGCAUGGUCGAACACCUUGGUCUCUGUGAGCCGAUGUUUGUAGUCUGGGAUCCCUCCCUCCCAGUGGCGCAACGAACUCAGAUAGCUGUUGGACUGUGUGGACUCAUGAUUGGAUUUGUUAUUGCAAUAUCUGGAUUCAUUUACUAUAAUAAGAAGUCUGCUGCAUACAUCACUGUGUGUCAAAGACAAGUGUUCAUUCCUGUGGAAUGCCUUCCUGAAGCUGGAGCAACUUAACAGCCUGAGCAAACACUAUUAAUACGGGCACGCUCCAUCCAAGGUGCCCCAAAUAUCACAGCUCUCUGAAUAACGAUGUCUGUUGUGAGUGAUUGGGGCUUUGCAUCUUCUACCUAUGGGACAGAGAACACAUUUGUAAUGUAGUUACACAGUAAAAACCUAAUAUUGUGCUUAAUUAAAAAUAUUAAGUAGGCUAAACUCCAUUUUCAUCAACUUGUUAUUAGAACUCAGUUUAAGUUGCCAGUACUUUUUUGUUCAAAAAGCUCAUCAACUCAGUUCAUUUGAGAAAAACUAAGUGAGCUGGAAAUUUUCCUUUUCAGUGAUGGGAUAUUGUACUUAAGUAGGUAGGCUACAACUCACAACUUGAGCUUUUGGCUUCCCCUUUAUGCCUCUCUUUUUCUGCCUUUUAAGUCUGAUGUCAUCAGCUGUUUCUGGGUCUAAAUUCCUCUUCAGGCCCCAAAGUCAAACAAACACUGUCGCAUUACUGAGCGUUAAAACUAUCUGAAUUCUUUCAUCUUCAGUGUGGCUAUUCUACUAGAUGUAACAAUAAAGUUUAACAUCCAGGCAUCCAUGAGAAACAGAAUUUAUGAAGUUUAACAGAGUUAGAAGUUAGCAGGGUGUUAGCUCGCUAGUUUCCAUCUAAAGAUGAUAUGCCAUGCUCUGGCUCAGAGAAAUUAAAAUGUACAACUCUGCUAUCACUUCAAACAUAAAUGAAGACAGAAAAUUAAACAGCAGCAAAUUUUAUAGUGUUAUUGAGGUUGGGCUAGCUGGUAUGGCCUCUAGUUUCCUUAAAUUCAACGAGAAUAAAACCGAAGUGAUCAUUUUUGUACCAAGUUGCAAUUCCAGCACCUCACAUUUUAAUCUGCACAGUCUAGAACCUUUUGUCAAGUCGCAUGCUAAAAAUUUGGGGGUUAUAUUUGAUAACAAGUUCACCUUUGAGAAACAGAUUAGCUCAGUUGUACAGCGGUUGUAGGGUUUGUUCUUUAACCCUAUAAGACCGGUCGGAGCAGGCACGCUCAGUUUUGCGUAACUAUUUUAAAAUCCCUGUAGAAAUGCAACCACAUAAGCUAGCGCAAUAGUUCUUUUUGCAUAUGAAACCGGAGGAGUUGUACUUACAUCUUAUGCCAUCAGUUUGUCCUAGGUCACGGUUUCCUUCCACAUAUGGCUUUGCAAAAAUUGCAUAAAAAGCGCUUGCAGCAACAAAAACAUAAUAUUCCAGAAACACGCUUUGCCGAUCCGAUCAGUUGUUCAUAACACUUCCUACGUUGGAAUAUACGUCAGCGCGAACUAUCGAAUGUCCGCCAUUACCUGCCCGAAACCGGAAGUGAUAUCAUCGGCAAAUGUAGUUUUUUAACCUUCAGGGCCUUAUAAGCCUAUACUGGUGGUUUUAAAAGUCAUGUUUGAGUUUAUGCUUUUCUGUAUAGUUUCUGGGUUGCGUAGAACUCAAAUUGCACUGCUGGAAAUAGUUUAUUUUGAUGCACAUGCUUUUUUUUUUUUUUUUUGCAAAUUUGCAUUAUAAUAUUUAUUUUCGGUUAUCCAGCAGUACAUAAAAAUUGGUGUACCUCAAAAAUAAAACUAUGAAGACACUCAAAAUAAAUUUCCUGUUGUUGGAAACUA